AGUUAAAUACACAGAAGAGCGGUGAGAGAGAAACGAAAUGUACUUUGUAUUAGAACCCUUAUAAGAGAAACUUAGAUUUAAACCCCCCGUGGCUCAAAUUCUUUGUCAAAAAUAAAUAAAAUUUAAUUAAAUCGAUCCAACAAUUGAAUAGCCGUUGAAGAUUGUUCCCGCCAUGGUUACUCAGGUGGUUGAUAGCAAAUCUCCGUCUUCACAAUCACCUUCUUCUCUUAACCAUGUUCAGAAGACUAAGACUUUGAUUUGUGCUCUUAAUCUUCUUUCUCGUGACCUUCCUCUUCCUCCUGAGGUUUUUGAUUCCGUUUCUUCCAUCUAUCAUGGAGUUCCAGAUGUUGUUUCUCCUUCUUCCAUCGACAAUUCCCCUAAAUCUAAUAAAGAAUCAUCUGGUAUUUCAAGUUAUGGGGAUUUGAUAAUGGAAUUUGAAGAUGCUGUGGAAAAGCAACGCCCUAGAUGUAUGUCCAGCAGUGCAUUAGCAGCGUUGAAUGAGAGUCGUUUUGAGACUAAGGUUGAGCAUCGGUUAGCUGAACUUGAAGAAUUGCCAUCGAGUAGAGGCGAGGAUUUGCAAAUGAAGUGCAUGCUUGAACUCUAUGGUCUAAAGCUAGCAGAACUGCAAAAGAAGGUUCGAUCUGAAGUAAGUGCAGAGUAUUGGCUGCGCUUGAAGUGUGUUCACCCUGAGCAGCAGUUAUUUGAUUGGGGGAUGACAAGAUUGCGUCGCCCUUUUUACGGCGUGGGAAAUCCUUUUGCUGGAGAUUCCGAUGACCAAAUCAGGAAAAAACGAGAUGCUGAGAGAUUAUCUAGAUUAGAAGAGGAGGAAAAGAAUCUUGUGGAAACUAGGAAAAGGAAAUUUUUUGCAGAUUUGCUCAAUGCAGCUCGUGAAUUCCAGUUACAAGUUGGUGCUUCUUCAAAGCGACGGAAACAAAGGAAUGACGGGGUUUUGGCAUGGCAUGGAAGGCAGAGGCAACGUGCUACAAGGCAAGAGAAAAUGAGGAUGGAUGCCCUCAAGAAAGAUGACCAGGAAGCAUACAUGAAAAUGGUUGAGGAGAGUAAGAAUGAGAGACUAACUAUGCUUCUAGGAAAAACAAACGAACUUCUCGUCUCUCUUGGAGCUGCGGUUCAACGACAAAAAGAUGCAGAGCAUUCUGAUGGCAUCGAGCCAUUAGAAGAGUCGGAUGCUGACAUUCAAGAACUGGAUGUCCUGAAAGAGGGAACUCCUAUCCCUGAUGAAGAUAUUGACGCAAGCGAAGAAGAUUUUGGUAAGGCAGGCAGUUUACUUGAAGGUCAGAGGAAGUAUAAUUCCGCUGUACACUCCAUUCAAGAAAAGGUAAAUGAGCAACCAGCAAUGCUUCAAGGUGGAGAGCUCAGACCGUAUCAGUUGGAGGGGCUCCAGUGGAUGCUUUCAUUAUUCAAUAACAAUCUCAAUGGAAUAUUAGCAGAUGAAAUGGGAUUGGGGAAAACGAUUCAAACUAUUUCUUUGAUUGCAUAUCUAAUGGAGAAUAAAGGUGUGGCUGGGCCUCACUUGAUUGUGGCCCCAAAGGCUGUACUACCUAACUGGGUCCAUGAAUUCCAAACAUGGGUUCCAAGCAUUGUCGCAGUCCUAUAUGAUGGGCGACAGGAGACAAGGAAAGCAAUCAGGGAAGAAUACUUUGGGGAGGGAAAGUUUUGUGUGAUGAUUACUCAUUAUGACCUUAUCAUGAGGGACAAGCAAUACCUUAAGAAAAUUCACUGGCAUUACAUGGUAGUUGAUGAAGGGCAUCGAUUGAAAAAUCAUGAGUGUGCUCUUGCACGGAUUCUUGUUUCAGAAUAUAGGAUCCGGCGCAGACUUUUGCUGACCGGCACUCCAAUACAGAACAGCCUCCAGGAGCUGUGGGCCCUGCUUAAUUUCCUUCUUCCACAAAUUUUCAACUCUGUUGAGAAUUUUGCAGAAUGGUUUAAUGCACCAUUUGCAGAUCGAUGUGAUGUUGCACUUACAGAUGAAGAAGAGCUAUUGAUCAUUCGACGUCUGCAUCAUGUUAUAAGGCCAUUUAUUCUCAGAAGGAAGAAAGAUGAAGUGGAGAAAUAUCUACCAGGGAAGACACAGGUCAUAUUGAAAUGUGACCUGUCUGCAUGGCAGAAAGUGUAUUAUCAUCAAGUUACAGAUGUGGGCAGAGUAGGGAUGGAGUCAGAGAGAGGAAAAUCAAAGAGCUUGCAAAACCUGUCAAUGCAGCUUAGGAAGUGCUGCAACCACCCUUACCUUUUCUUGCAAGAGUAUAAUAUGUGGCGCAUGGACGAGAUAGUGAGAGCUUCUGGAAAAUUUGAAUUACUCGAUAGGUUGCUCCCGAAACUGCAUCGAGCUGGACAUAGAGUCCUUUUGUUUUCACAAAUGACUCGUCUCUUAGACAUCCUUGAGCUUUAUCUGAGAAUGCAUGAUUACAAGUUCCUUCGUCUUGAUGGCUCAUCAAAAACGGACGAAAGAGGGACUUUACUCAAAGAAUUUAAUGCUCCAAACUCUCCGUAUUUCAUAUUUCUUCUGAGUACUCGUGCUGGUGGUCUGGGUCUGAACUUACAAACUGCAGAUACUGUGAUCAUUUUUGAUAGUGAUUGGAACCCUCAGAUGGACCAGCAAGCAGAGGAUCGGGCCCAUCGUAUUGGCCAGAAAAAGGAGGUGAGGGUUUUUGUGUUGGUUAGUGUUGGAUCAAUUGAAGAGGUAAUUUUGGAACGCGCAAAACAGAAAAUGGGUAUUGAUGCCAAGGUUAUACAGGCUGGGCUCUUCAAUACAACAUCAACAGCUCAGGACAGGAAGGAGAUGUUGGAAGAGAUUAUGCGUAGAGGAACAAGCUCACUAGGAACAGAUGUACCGAGUGAGAGAGAGAUUAAUCGUUUAGCAGCCCGAACCGAAGAAGAGUUCUGGCUAUUUGAGAAAAUGGAUGAAGAGCGGAAGCAAAAGGAGAACUAUCGGUCUCGUCUUAUGGAAGAUCAUGAGGUGCCCGAAUGGGUAUACACUAUUAACUCUGAAGCCGCUGAGAGGGGUAAAGGGUUCGAUUAUGAUGUUGGAAAGAUAACAGGUAAGAGGAAGAGAAAAGAGGUGGUUUAUGCCGACACUCUCAGUGACUUACGGUGGGCAAAAGCCGUUGAAAAUGGAGAAGACAUCUCCAAAGCCAUUGCCAAGAGGAAGAGGAAGGAGCCUGUUUCUUCUGAUAAUUUCAACUCUCCCAACAAUAAUGAUGGAGGAAUCGAAAAGCCGUAUGAAGUGGAGGAUGAUGACGAUUUAGCUAAUUAUAGCGAUGAGAAAAGUGAAGAAUUGCACGUUCCUUCACCUCGAAAGAUGAGGAUCAAUGGUUUGAACUUCGGAACAUCUGAAUAUCGAGAUCAAGAUGACGGUGAAAAUGGAAGCGGAAGUGGAAGUGGCGCUUGGAAACUAACAUGGAAAACGCAUAAGAAAAAGCGAUCAAGCUUCAACGUGUUGGGAUCUUCGACACCAUCAUCUGAAGUUUCCAAGGGUCAGAGUUCCGGUGGCAGGGGAAAUCGAUGGGGUUAAGUUUUUGGCUGGCCGUCUAUCCACCCUGGGAGUCGGGCACCCAAGUUCACGGAUUCACCCCGAGAACUUCCUUAGUGUUUGGGGUCAGAACUUUGGCCGUGGAGAAUGGAUAUGGUGGAUUUUGUGGCCUCUCAUCGAACUGAGCCUUGAUCACUUGGAAGUUCAUAUGAAUGUCACACUUGCACAUAGAAACUUCUAAGCUGGGGUUGGCUAAUUGAUCUAUAUUUUGCUGUUUCUAGAAACUGUAACAAUUAAUUACUACUUGUGAAUUGUAAUACUUCCUGUCAUUCUACAUCCAAGUAAAUUCAAUUUAUGCUGCUUUUUCGCUUGCAAAUUUGAUUUUCUCCCAGCUUUUGUAUACUUUUCACUUUCAAAGCUUUGAAUACUGAUUGGUUUAUUCGACAAUGAAAGGAAAAAAAA